AUGUUCAAGGAGACUGUUCUUGUGCUCAUGGUGUUGAGUCUCGCCAGAGUCGCCGCUGGACCUCUUGCGUACGGGAUUUGCCAGACUGGGUGCAACGCCGUUGCGGUUGCAUGUUACGGUGCCGCCGGUGUAGUAUUCGGUACCGUGACAGCGGGUAUUAGUACAUUACCUGCUGUCAUUGGAUGCAAUGUUGCGCUUGGGACGUGUAUGGCGGGCUGUGUUGCGGCUGGCUGUUUGCCAACGCCAUAA